UUCUUCUUUCCUUUCCCUCAACAACAAUAACCACAUUGAGAACCUCAACUUACAUUUCACCUUCUCGAAAUGAUGAAGGUGAUGAAAAUCUUGAUCCCCAUCGCCAUCGCCAUGGCACUAACCAUCGUCAUCAUCACCACCACCACCACCACUCAAUCCGUUAACACGGAAAUCGAGGAAGAAAUCUCAACUCCAAAGUUGCUUCCUUUGAAGAGGAAAGUAGCUAGUCGUUUUCUCGCGGAACAGGAAAAUCCAAAAAACCCUAGAGCAGCAGAUCACUGCCACAAGGACCACGAAAUCUGUCAGGCAUUCGAAAUCGGGGGCAAAAACACGACAUGUUGCAACAACAAAUGUAUUGAUUUAAUGUAUGAUGACAAGAACUGUGGUGCGUGCAAAAAAAAAUGUCCUUUUACUCAAACUUGUUGCAGAGGUCAAUGUGUGAAUUUGUCAUUUGAUAAGAGGCAUUGUGGAUAUUGCAACAACAGGUGCAUGACUGGUGGAUACUGCUUUUAUGGCUUGUGUGAUUACGCCUAAGGUUUGGCAAUUUAACGAUUUAUAAUAUAAGUUCGCAUUAUAUUUAUGAUGAAUAAACAACCACAUUUGAUUUGGUGGUUGACCUUCAAGAACAUGAUUAUACAUGAUUAUUUCCGUAUUGAUUCAUACAAAGUUUGUUGU